AUCUUUGGUGGCUUCCUCCUUUGUGUUGAUAUUUUUUUACGUAAGUCUGGUGAAAAGUGCUAAUGAAAUUGAAAUUGUUCGAUGUAUAUGUAGACGAUUUGAAUUAUAUUUUAAUAUUAAAAAUUUUUACUUUUGACAGGGGCUGUUAGCAGAUACAUUCAAAAUGGUGGUUCAAAAGAAGCAGAAAAAAGCGAUGGAGAGUAUCAACUCUCGAUUGGCGCUUGUUAUGAAGUCCGGGAAGUACGUUCUCGGAUACAAACAAACCCUUAAGACGUUACGACAAGGAAAAGCAAAACUUGUCAUCAUUGCAAACAAUACACCGCCUUUGAGGAAGUCGGAGAUAGAGUACUACGCGAUGCUGGCGAAGACGGGCGUGCACCACUACUCCGGCAACAACAUCGAGCUGGGCACGGCGUGCGGCAAGUACUUCCGGGUGUGCACGCUGUCCAUCACGGACGCCGGAGACUCCGACAUCAUCCGCUCCAUGCCCACCGGAGACGCGCAGUAAUCCCUGUAUUCAUGUGAAAAUAAAAAAUAUUCUCGUUUUUC